AUGAACAAAACUCACCCGCAGAUAAAUGGUAAUGUGGCCACCUUUGAGUCAACAAAGUCCUUCUCUGAAGAAAGAGGCCGCUGCCAGCCCUGCUGCGCCCCUGCGGGCUGCACACGGAGACACGGCUGCAUCUCUGCUGUGGCGCUGCUCGUCCUCGUGGCUGCUGUGGCCUUGGCAGUGGCACUGGGACUCCUGCUGCGGGCACCAGCGAGCCGCUUCUGCGCAGCCUCCAAUAACCGGACCGGCUUCUUGUGCGAUGACAGAGCGACCUGCAUCCUGGCCAGCCAGGUCUGCGAUGGAGUCGGCCACUGCACGGGUGGAGAGGAUGAGCUGGAGGAGCUCUGUGGUGACUUGCCCCGCAGCCUUCCGGGAUUCCUGGUUUUCCGCUGCAGUGACCCCACGUACUGGGUCUACGCCGAUCAGAGGUGUAACGGGAUGAAUGACUGCGGAGACUGCUCUGACGAGAUGGGGAGCUCGGCCGCCUGCCCCCAGUGUGGGUUGGAGUGGUGGAGCUGCAGCCCGGUGCACUACGAGUACUGCUCCUGCGUCCCCAGGAGGCUGUGCCGGGACGGCGUCCAGCACUGCCUCAGCUGGUCCGAUGAGUUCAUCUGCAGACCGUGA